AUGUCGUCUGCCAGAUUCUACCACACACUUCAAGCCGUCAACUCCGUUUCUUUCCAAAUCUCUCGAGAUUUCUUAGCAUGCCAGACUCCUCUCCCUGUGCUUUGGGACUUCCAUUUAGACCAUUCACCUGACCAUCCAUUAUUUGUCUUCGAGCGCUCAUCUGGCUGUAUCGAGAAAAUUUCUUGGUCUGCGGGUGUGCAAGCUAUGCACCGUGCGUCGUACUCACUCAAAAAGGCGGUACCUGAUGCAUUCGACCCUGGAAAAAACCACAGGCCCGUCAUUGGGAUACUUGCCUUCAAAGACAUCCCUACCUCUUGGGCAUUGAUCACUGGUGUCAUGCGCCUGGGCGCGACAGCUUUUCUGAUAUCGCCUCGAAAUUCCGCCGUCGCGGUAGCAAAUAUGUUGAAAGGAGCUAAUUGUCACGUAUUGAUAAUGAGCUCCCACACAGGCAUCUCUAAUCUUGUUCAUGACGCCUCUGAUCUGCUCGAAAGGGAACAUGAGCUUACCCUCAUAGAAGCCUCAUUGUUUGAUGAGCUCUAUCUGGCGGACGCCACUUCCUUCGAGCGCCUGCCGCCUUGUCAAGGGAUCGAGAUGGAAGCGCCGGCACUCAUCCUACAUUCUUCUGGGUCUACCUCCUUCCCAAGAUUGGUCACCUCGUCCCAUAGGACUUUAGUCAACUGGAGUCUGAUUUCAUAUUUCGGCGACAAGGAUCUAUGCGGAUAUGUCUGUGGCGCCAACUCGCUCCCUGUAUACCGUCGUGCCGCAGGGCAGGUCAGCGUCAUUUACAGCCCAUAUGAUACACCGAGCCAUCCUACGGCAGAUACUGUCCUCUCGACAUCACUCGCAUGCUCAGCCAACUAUAUAUAUACUGUUCCUACCAACAUAACAGAAUGGGCUCGGGAAAAAGAGAGUGUAGAUUUACUACGAACAUUCGACCUCAUUCUUUUUGCCGGGGGGCCAUUGAACACGCAUAUAGGUGAUGGCCUUGCGGCUCGUGGCGUGCGACUGUGCAGCAUGUAUGGAACAACGGAGUGUGGAGCUGCGAGUCGGAUGAUUUUUGAUGGGGAUGUAGAAGAUUGGGAGUACAUACAAGCUACUCGCCAAACGAGCAUUUACUGGAAGCCACAGCCUGGAGACGAUCAUUUGUACGAGGCAGAAUCGCCUUACAAGCUUCUUGCCGAAACGAACACCAUUAUUUUUGGCAGACGGGGAUUCGCCACUGGAGAUUUAUUCGAAAAACACCCGAGAAAGGAGGGGCUAUGGAGACUAUGUGGACGUGCGGAUGAUCAGAUUAUGCAUUCGACAGGCGAAAAGGCGAAAUCGAUUUUAACACGGCACCCAUCAAUCUCACACGCUCUUGUGUUUGGUCGGGGCCAAUUUCAUGUUGGCGUCCUCAUUGAACCUAGUCCAUCAGUGAUUAUGGACAUGGCGAAUGGUCAAAGUAGCCAGAACUUUAUAGAGCUGAUCUGGUCGACGAUACAGGAGGCCAAUGAUUUCGCUCCAAAGCAUUCUAGAAUCUUCAAAGAAAUGCUCGUUAUUGCAAGUCCUGCGAAACCUUUUACUUUCACGGCUAAGCGAACAAUGCGGCGAAACGUGAUCCUUGACGACUACGCGGACGAGAUUGCGGCGGCGUAUCGCUCUAUGAAGAACGCUGACAAUUCUUCCAUUCACGUAAACCCUCCAAGCUCUUGGGAUUUCCCUCGGACCCUCCCGUUCAUCCGGUCCGUCAUAGCCUCAAUAUUGAAUGGAGGGACAUCUGUUGGAGACGAUGAUGACUUAUUUCAGCAUGGCCUUGAUAGUCUCCAGGCAAUGGUGAUCACCAAUGAGAUUCUACGAGCGUUCAGAAAUACAGCUACCAACACGACGCGCCUUCAAGAUAACUUUGUCCAUGCGCAUCCUACUAUAUCCGCUCUUGCACGGUUUGUGACGUCCUGCUCUGGGUUAGGACCUGUGGAUACUUCUUCCGACCUGAUGGAGAAGAAAGCAGAAGAGUUACAGGAGACUGUAGCCAAGCUCACUGCUUCAUUCUCGGCACAUAGUCCUCGUAUUGGAGCACAGAAGCCAACAGGCGAAACGGUCUUGGUGACUGGGACUACAGGUAGCCUUGGCACUCAACUGCUUGCUCAGCUAAUCAGGAUACCUACUGUUACCCGCGUAUAUGCGCUCAAUCGAGGAGAACCGGAGGAGACGAGGCGUAGACAGGAAAACGCAUUUGAGCGACAGGCGAUCUCUAGCAGUGUGGCCCGUUCGACCAAGGUCGUUUAUCUCCGAGGCGAUAUAACAUCGUCCGCUCUUGGUCUAGGUCUAGAAAUGCGAGAUGAAGUCCUGGAUUCGCUGACAACGAUCGUUCAUAAUGCAUGGAUGGUCAACUUUAACAUGCCAUUUGCCGCGUACUUGCCCCUCAUAGAGGGUGUGCGCGAGGUGGUUGAGCUCGCAUUGGCUUCGCCCUUGGCUGAACCACCACGCAUUGUAUUCGUUAGCUCUGUGUCCGCUGUUCGAGGUUGGAGUAUGUCGUCUCCUAUCCCGGAGACGGUUAUAGCAGACCCACGCAUCGCAGUCGGGAAUGGCUACGGAGAGUCAAAGUGGGCCGCGGAGCGUAUCAUGUCUGACGUGCGGAGGACGACAGUUCUGAAGACGGUGAUUGCUCGCGUAGGGCAACUCUGCGGAACAACCACAAAUGGAUGUUGGAAUGCAAACGAGUGGUUUCCUUUGAUUGUGCGCUCCGCUGAUGCAUUGCAUAGUCUUCCGGAGAGAGAUGAGUUAGUCUCGUGGCUUCCAGUGGACACGGCCGCAUCUGCUAUCCUCGACCUGCGGCAUGUACCGGACGACAUGGAGUGCGUACAUAUCAUGCACCCUCGUCCGGUCCCAUGGUCGUCAAUCAUAACCCCGCUUGCCAAAGCACUCGAUGUGCCCCUUUUGCCAUAUUCCGAGUGGCUGCAAUCGUUGCAGAAUACAUCUAGCAGCAUUUCUGGCAGCAUGACAACCCCGGCAGUAUUGCUGGCCAAUUAUUUUGCAUCUCUGGAGAAAAAGGAUAGAAGAGGACAGACGGAAGGAAGGGCAAGAGAGCAUGUUGGGCGGAACAUGCAUGUGUUCUCAGUGGAACGCGGACAAAAGACGUCGAGAACCUUAGGUGACCCCACGCUCGCACCUUUGGGUACACAAAAUGCGGAGAAAUGGUUGAAAUUUUGGAAGCAGGGCGGAUUCUUAUGA